AUGAAUACUUCCAUGGUCCAGUCCAAAUUCCUUUCCCACCCUGAGGACAUUGGCGUCGUCGCCGUUGGCUUCUCGGGUGGUCAGUGCAAGGCAGGAGUCGACGCUGCGCCCAAGGCCUUGAUCGAGUCCGGCCUCCUUACCCAGCUCCGCGACGAGCUCAACUACAAGCUCCACGGCGAUGACGAGGUACACCUGUACACCGACCUCGUGCCCAAGGAGGACCCCCCGUACCGCAACAUGAAGAACCCCAUGGCCGUCAGCAACGUGACCCAGAAGUUGUGCGACCAGGUCUACUCGCACGCCAAGGAGGGUCGCCUGGUGCUGACGCUGGGAGGUGACCACUCCAUCGCCAUUGGCACCAUCGCCGGCUCGGCCAAGGCCAUGCGCGAGCGCCUGGGCCGAGAGAUUGCCGUCAUCUGGGUCGACGCGCACGCCGACAUCAACACACCCGAGUCCAGCGACUCGGGCAACGUCCACGGCAUGCCUGUGGCCUUUGUCACGGGCUUGGCCAAGGAGAAGAAGCCCGAAUACUUUGGCUGGCUGCAGGACGACCACCUGCUGAGCGUCAAGAAGCUGGUGUACAUCGGUCUCCGGGACGUGGACCCCGGCGAGAAGAGGAUCCUGCGCGAGAACGGCAUCAAGGCCUUCAGCAUGUUUGACAUUGACAAGCACGGUAUCGGUCGGGUCGUCGAGAUGGCGCUGGCUCACAUUGGCAACGACACGCCUAUCCAUCUAUCUUUCGACGUUGAUGCGCUGGAUCCCAUGUGGGCGCCUAGCACGGGCACGCCUGUCCGCGGCGGACUGACGCUCAGAGAAGGCGAUUUCAUCUGCGAGAGUGUCCAUCAGACCGGUAGCCUGGUGGCUGUCGACUUGGUCGAGGUCAACCCCAGCCUGGCAACGGAUCACGUAGGGGCAUCGGAGACGGUGCGCGCCGGCUGCUCGUUGGUGAGGUGCGCGCUGGGCGAGUCGCUUCUAUAA